GGCAGAGCAAUGGGUAUGCAUCGCCCAGGGGCCUCAGGUGCACAUUUGGAGCUCCAGGGGAAUGAGGGAUGCUGGGAAGAAAAAACUCUCUGAAGGCCUGAAGGGGGCUGGCAGAGUCUGGGACAGGCUGUUGGACACCAUAGCAGGGGAGGUCCUGAUGAAGAGGCAUCAGGAUGCUGCUUUACCCCUGCAGAAGUGGUUGUGCUGGCCUCUCCCUUUUUCGUGCACCGACACUGAGGUCGAAAGCGAAGCCCGAGAGAAGACCCGGAAGUAGGGAGGACCUCUCAUCACGUGAAGGGGAACCAGCGUGUGUCGUCACAUGACAGCUGACCGAGCGCUACCUGGCGUGGAACGCUCAGCGGCUCUUAAAGACUCUCCUCCGCCCGUUGGAGCCAACUUUGAACCUUCUCUGGCUGUGGACCCAUCGGGGGCCCUGAGGUCGAUGCCAUGGGAUGCUGUGCGGCCUCGCGGCGGCACCUUUCUGAUUCGGAGGAGGAAGAGGCCGCCCCGGAACCCCGAGCCCCUCUGCUGGAGCAUCAGGGUGCUGCUCAGUGGAAGAACGCGGCGGGCUUCUGGAUCCUGGGCCUUUGCAACAACUUCUCUUAUGUGGUGAUGCUCAGUGCUGCCCAUGACAUCCUUAGACAUGAGAGGGCAUCUGGGAAUCAGAGCCAUGUGGACCCAGAGCCGACGGCCCUCCCUCACAAUGGCUCAUCUCGAUUUGACUGCAACUCUGUCUCCACGGCUGCGGUGCUCCUGGCCGACAUCCUCCCCACCCUCGUCAUCAAAUUGCUGGCUCCUCUGGGCCUUCAUCUGCUGCCCUACAGCCCUCGGGUUCUCAUCAGUGGGGUGUGUUCUGCUGGAAGCUUCGUCCUGGUUGCCUUUUCGCACUCCGUGGGGACCAGCCUGUGCGGUGUGGUCCUGGCCAGCAUCUCAUCAGGUCUGGGGGAGGUCACCUUCCUGGCGCUCACUGCCUUCUACCCCAGGGCUGUGAUCUCCUGGUGGUCCUCGGGCACCGGGGGAGCAGGGCUGCUGGGAGCACUGUCCUACCUGGGCCUCACCCAGGCUGGCCUCUCCCCUCAGCACACCCUGCUGUCCAUGCUGGGGAUCCCUGGCCUGCUGCUGGCCAGCUAUUUCUUGUUGCUCACAUCUCCCAAGCCUCAGGACCCUGGUGGGGAAGACGAGGCAGAGGCCACAGCCCGGCAGCCCCUCAUAGGCACAGAGGCCCCAAAGCCAGGCGCCAGCUGGAACCUCUCCCUGCAGGAAAGAUGGACAGUGUUCAAGGGCCUGCUGUGCUACAUCAUCCCCUUGGUGCUGGUCUACUUUGCUGAGUACUUCAUCAACCAGGGACUUUUUGAGCUCCUAUUUUUCCGGAACACGUCCCUGAGUCACGCACAGCAGUACCGAUGGUACCAGAUGCUGUACCAGGCUGGUGUCUUUGCCUCUCGCUCUUCUCUCCGCUGCUGCCGCAUCCGCUUCACCUGGGCCCUGGCCCUGUUACAGUGUCUCAACCUGGCCUUCCUGCUGGCGGACGUGUUGCUGGGCUUCCUGCCGAGCAUCUACCUCGUCUUCCUGGUCGUCGUGUAUGAGGGGCUCCUGGGGGGCGCGGCCUACGUGAACACCUUCCACAACAUUGCAGUAGAGACCAGCGACGAGCACCGGGAGUUCGCUAUGGCGGCCACCUGUAUCUCUGACACCCUAGGGAUCUCCCUGUCGGGGGUCGUGGCCUUACCUCUGCAUGACUUCCUGUGCCGCCUCCCCUGACGCUGACGCAGCUGUUGGGGUGCAGGACGCUGACCUUCGUACAAGAGCGGGUCAGACAGCAGGCCCGCCCCCGCCCGUCCAUGAGCUCUGCUCCGGGCCUUCCCUGCCAGGCCAGGCGGGCUGGGAAGUGCAGGGGUCUCGGCCCCCUGAGUGUGGGGCAGCCUCGCUCUCUCACUUCCCAGCUGGUCUUGGAGCGUUUCCUCUUGGCGUUUUGCUCUCUCAAUAAAAUUUUUUUUUUUUUA